AUGAUGAGCAGAAACCGGAUAAGAGUGAUCUGGCUUGGUUUUGCCCUGCUUGUCCACAGCCUGAGAUUAACCUACCUCCUGACUGGUAAGCCAGAUAUGAAAGCCCUACACUGCAUAGUGUACAAGAGCUCCGGCCAGGCUGACUUAUGUUCUAAUCAAGCUAGCCAGCAUGACAUAGACUGGAUUUGGCUUGUUUCACAAAGAUAUGUGGUAGAUGGGAACUUCACUACUCAACAUAUGUUUGUCAGAUGGGCUUGGGUAUAUGGUGAAAGAUCAAGACAGACUCAUCUGUCAUUGGCUGUAGAAAGUAAAGAGUGGUCUUCUUGCGGCAAUUAUCGUGCAGUAAAUGCAGCCAAUAUCAGCAGGAGCAAUCUUCAAGCUACAGGUUUGAUUUUCAGAAGGGUAAAAGCUGGUAUAGACUCUUCCCUCAUUAUUAUGAUGUGGGGUAAAGUAGCCCAGAGCAAGGGCUUGUCUGUAUCUGAAAAUAUGCACAUCGUUCCAGCAGUUGGAAAAUUCCAUCUUAGUGCUCAUAAAUUGGCUUGCUUUGCAAGGUACAGCCUCAACUUUAUUCAAGGGGCUGGACAUGUUGAUGGGGAGAUUUUGGAGACUCUGUGGGCACCAUUCAAUAAGAUCUCCUCAACUGCUCGGUUAAUAAGUCAGGCUCACCGUCAAGAAGUUCUUAAUGAUCAUAUGCAAGACAAACUGGAAAAAAAUAGUGGGAAUAACUUGACAAUUGAGCUUCCAGUGAAGACUCUCUUGAAAAAGUACAAACUGGCUCUCAAAGGUGUUGAUGACACAAAGUCUCCCUUUGAUGAGCUCACUCUGUCUCUGGACUCUGAGAAGAUUUUGAUGUGGAAGAUCAAUGAGAAAAAGGCCAUGGAACAACGUGGGGAGUAUCUUGACAUCUAUCAGUUGCAGAUGAACAAAGCUAAUGUCAUGACUGCUAGUAUGGAUCUUGGAACUGCAACAGUGCAUUUCGACGAUCCUAGAUUCUGCUAUGUAGGUCAUGAUGAAAAUGGUUGGGGAGAGGUCUCAGAUGAAGAGAUCUCAGAGUAUAUCAAUGAAGAAAUCUUGGCUGAAGAGAUAAUGCCCUACCAGGAUGCAUUGGCUCUUGGACUGAGUCCCCUCCAAGCUGAAGAAUUAGAACUUCGAAAGGGCCAAGCCAAUGACUGCCUCAAAAAGCUCUGA